AUGCUUUCUCUCGUGUCAUCGGCCUUUGCAACACUGGUGGCACUAGUUGCCCUUGUCAUCUUUACUCCCACCUUAGCAGGCUAUAUCGUGCGGUCAAUUCUCCAAGGUCUCGGUUAUCUCAACCAGAAGAAGUCUGAAGCUAGGAGGGCGUUGAUUCGAGCUCGUGUGCGGGUGGAGGAAGAGGAUUACAGGUCCCGGAGAGCUAGACAUGCCGCAGGUUCCAAAGUGGAAGAGGAAGACUGGGAGACCGUUGACAAAGACGGAGGAGAUAAUGGAGGGAGCUCGUCAAAAUUGAGUGGCGAUGGAAGAAAUCAUAACGAUUGGGCUGGCAUUGUUGGGUUCUUCCACCCAUUCUGCAACGCCGGAGGCGGAGGUGAACGAGUACUAUGGGCAGCUAUAGAUGCUUUUCAGAAGAGGUGGCCAAAAGCGAUAUGCGCUGUAUACACCGGCGAUCAUGAUGUGGAUAAAACAACAAUGUUGAAGAACAUAGAGAGACGGUUUAAUAUUCGACUACACCCUCCCACGGUCGUGUUCCUCUAUCUAUCCACGCGGAAGUAUGUUUUAAGUAGCACAUGGCCCCAUUUCACACUCCUCGGGCAAUCGAUAGGCUCGCUAGUAUUGGCACAUGAUGCAUUUACCCUUCUCGUACCCGAUAUAUUUAUCGAUACAAUGGGAUACGCUUUUGCCUCGGCGUUAUCUCAUUAUCUUUUCCCAAAAGUUCCCACGGGGUCGUACGUGCAUUACCCUACCAUUUCGACCGACAUGCUCGAAUCCUUGGACGAUGCAUCAGGCUUCAAAGGCCUAAAUUCAGGGGCGGGAAAGGGAUGGAAAGGAAUCGUCAAAAGGCGCUAUUGGCACGCGUUUGCACGGCUUUACGGUUGGGUAGGGUCCACUAUUGACGUCGUUAUGUGCAAUUCGUCCUGGACAUCUGCACAUAUCCAGAGCCUUUGGCUACCGUCGAGACGGAGACGGGGAAAUCAAUAUCAAACGGCUAGUGUAGUUUUCCCUCCCGUUGCGGUUUCCGAUCUUGAGACCAUAAUAAUCGACCUCAAGAGUGAGAGAGACAUUCGACAGCCUGCUAUUCUUUAUAUAGCUCAAUUUCGCCCAGAGAAGAACCACGCACUUAUUCUUCACGCUUUUGCACGGUUUCUAAAACAAUACAAAGCCACAGCUGAGAGCAGACGCGUCAAGGAUGGCAAGUCUAGUAUCGACAAGGAUGAAAGCCCCUCCAGUUCACCUCAGCUUAUUCUUAUCGGUUCAGUCCGCCACCAAACCUCUGAUGAAACUCACAUCUACAACCUCCGUUUAUUAGCCCACGAAUUACGGAUCCGUGACAACACGACUUUUCUCUGCGAUGCCAGCUGGCCAACAGUCAUAGAAAACCUCAGAAAGUCUUCUAUUGGCGUUAAUGCUAUGUGGAACGAGCACUUUGGUAUCGGGGUUGUAGAGUACCAGGCUGCCGGCCUAAUUAGUGUUGUGCAUGACUCAGGUGGGCCAAAGCAAGAUAUUGUCGUAGACCUGGAUGACGAAGGGGCUACUGGGUUCCACGCUACAACUGAGGUUGAAUUUGCAGCUGCGUUCGAGGCCGCGUUGGCUCUGCCGGAGGCAGAGAAGCUUGCCAUGAGAUUAAGAGCAAGGAAGUCCGCGCAAAGGUUCUCUGGGCAGCAGUUUGAGACGAAAUGGCUAUGUGAGAUGGAGAAAUUGGUUGACCUACAGGUGAGACGCACCAGCAACAUAUAG